GAUGAGUUGAUCUGAGACUGGGACCUAACUCUUCCUCUCUGUAUUACUGUCUGCAACUUAGUGCCUGGAACUGAAUAAAUGAGAGUUAAGUGGCUCUGGAGGGAAAUCAUCUGCACAGAUACGAAACUGGGGUUUGGGGUUCAGAUGGCACAAAGGGAGGUAGGAGGAGAGAGGGAGCUUCUGCAGACACCUGAUUCUCCUGCCUUCCCACCUCUUAAGCCAACAGGCAUGAGUGAGUGGAGAUAGGUGGUGGUUUUGCUCUCACAGCCACAGAAAGCAUAUUCCCUGUCUUCUAGCAGCAGCAACACCAGAGGCCUGGGCUCUGGUGGUGCCCUCAAAGGACCCUGCUGCAUGUCACUGUGCUGACUUUUGUUAAAUACUAAUCAACAAUGUUACAAGGAAGGUUUCCUUUUCUAAAUACUCACUCUAGAGGCCAGGAAAGGGUCACCCACUAAUUCUUUGCCUGUGCCCAAGUUUCAGGACAAAGGGCAUGUGUGGCAACUAUGGGCUGCUUAACUAAACAAGAUAUCUUUCUUGACUUAUCUCUUAGUAAGCUGAGGACCAUGUUCCUGUUUCUACCAUUCCUUCUCCUUCUUCUGAGUCUGGUGACAUCAGAUACUGUAACCAAUGAGGAGGUCCAAAAGACCUGCCCUGUGAUGGCCUGUAUUCCUCCAGGCAUGAACGGUUUCCCAGGCAAAGAUGGACGUGAUGGAGCCAAGGGAGAAAAGGGAGAACCAGGUCAAGGGCUCAGAGGCUUGCAAGGCCCACCUGGAAAGUUAGGACCUGCAGGCCCCCCAGGUCCCCCUGGAUCAAAAGGGGAAGUGGGUAAAAAGGGAGACCCUGGAACAUGUCCAGCAUGUGACACUAGCAGAGCUGCUUCUGAAAGAGCAGCUCUCAAAGCAGAAUUGGAAAGCAUCAAAAAGUUGCUAUUGUUGUCUGUCACCAAAAAAGCUGGAAAGAAGUUCUUCUGGAACAGUGGUGAAACAAGAAAUUUUGACAGCGCUAAGGCUCUGUGUGCCCAAUUCCAAGCCUCCAUGGCCACCCCCUUGAACGCUGAAGAGAAUCAGGCCAUCCAGAGUUUGGUCAAAGAUUCCGCCUUCCUAGGCAUAACAGAUAAGGAGAAAGAAGGCCAGUUUGUGGAUAUGGCAGGGAGGAGAGUGACCUACGGAAACUGGAACAAGGGUGAGCCCAACAACGCUGGCUCUGGGGAACACUGUGUGCAGAUGCUGUUGGAUGGCACCUGGAAUGACGUCACCUGCUCCUCCUCCUUUUUGGCAGUCUGCGAGUUCCCUGACUGAGGCCACAUGCCCCUCAGCUCCCCCUGUGCCUUUACUGCACCCCGAAGACCUACAGUCUGCUCUGAAGAUGAAGACAUCAAUUUCCCACACCUUGUCAGGAGUUGCUCCUUUUUUGGAGCAUUGCAGAAAAUGAGGAGA